AUGGACGACGCCAAAAUGCACAAGCUGAACGGUGUGAUUGAACAUUACAAAAGACACAUCGGCAGGGCCACCGAAUCCAACGACAACGACAAGAUAAUGAACUGUAUAACUAAGCUUUCUCGACUUCCUAUUACUGUUCAAAAUUUACAAAAUACUGGAAUCGGCCGAGUAGUUAAUAACUUAAGAAAAUAUGAUGGUAACAUUGGGGAAUCAGCAAAAACUUUAGUCAUUCAAUGGAAAAAUGUAGUAAAAAUUGAAGAAACUGAAAAUUUUUAUCGAACAUGUGAUAACUCUGAUGAAGAACAUCAUGAUGAUGUAUCAUCACCAAAAGAUAAUGAAGAAUUUAUCGAUGAACCAGAAAUAACCAAUAAAAGUAACGAUGAUUCAAGUGACCAUGAAUCAUCUCACCAAAAACAUCAUGAAAAAUCAAAGCACAAAAAAAGUAAAAAAGAUAAGGGCAGUAAAAAACAAAAGGAAUCUUAUUCUACUUCAACAGAUGAUCAAGGAGAUGGUCAUGUCUCGAAGAAAGUGAAAAAAGAUUACAAGUACGAAAAUGUUAGAGUUAAAACAGAAAUAGAAAAAUGUGAGAUUGCACAAAAUGUUGCAACAACUUCUCAUAGAGAAAAUAAUAAUGGUUACGAAGAAAGUACUAAAAGAGAGAAAAAAAGUUCACAUUCAGACAAAAAAAAAGAUAAGCAUAAAUCGUCUCAUAAAUCUGAAUCUAAAUCUCACUCUCACAAGGACAAAAACGAAUCAAAGUCAUCUGGUCAUAAGGAUAAAAGUGAUUCAAAAAAAAAUAUCAAGGAUAAAGUCAAGGAAGAAUCAAAGCCUUCAACUAGUACUAAUUUUACUAGUAGUAGUAAAACAUUUGAAGAAGCUUUACUAGGUAUACCAGUCAAAAAGAAACAAAUUAAAUCCAAGCAUAGAGAUAGAUCAAGGUCUUCAGAGCGUGAAUUUAGUUCUGCGCCACCAAGUCCAUUGGCACCAUUUAAUUUAGAUCCUGAAGAAUUAAUUGCUAACUAUAAACCAUUAUCUCAAUUAGAUGUAAAGAAAAAGAAAAUGCCAGAGGAUCUCGAUCCGUUAGCUAAAAUAAUGACCACAAAAAAUAUGAGGACAAAAGUGUACUCUGGAAAUAAGAGUACAAUCUACACUGAAGUUCCUAGACUACUUGAUUUCUGUAUCCAAACUAUUAAGGACAAUUUAGAUGCUUUGGAAUACACUGGUGGAGUUCCGUUUAGUAUACUUGAGCCAAUAUUGAAACACGCUAGCCCUGAUCAGCUGUAUAACUUAGAACAGUACAAUGACUAUUUGAUUGAAGAUACUGGAGUAUUAUGGGAGUACCAUUGCAAAAAGGAGUUUCGUAAUAAAGUUCCAGAUAAAAAUGAACCAUGGAGAAAUUUUUAUAUACGAUGCCUAGAAGAACGUGAAACAAAAUUAGCCAAAUUACGGCAAAACAUAAACGCGAAUCAAGCCGCGUCCACGCCUGUUAGAAAAACGCAACUAGCAUACGUCGACUCUGCAGUAAAACCACCUCGUGGCGUUGCUAAAAAACAGGCGAAAUUCCAAACGACUUCCUCGGACAUAAAGCGUAAUAUCUUAAACAAAUCGAUGAUGGGAGGACAUUCUACCGCAGAAGCACUGUCCGCCAAUAAGAGAUCCACCACCAUGGCUACCGGGGUACCAAUUGCUUUGACUUCUCCACAUACGCCGUCCAGUGCGAUGAAAAAGAAAAAAGCUCCUUUGAUGCAAAAGGCGUUACAACUCAUAAAAUCUUCACGCAGACGUUAA